AUGAAGGAACCUAUAUUUCUCCUGGCAGCAGCCCUACUGUCUACUGCCCAUGGACUCCUGGCGACAUCCGGCUCCAGUUGCGAGGCUCUGUGCCGAGACGGGGCCAGCGCAUCCACCACUAAUACCUCGGAGAUUGUCUGCGAGGACAAGAAGUUCUCGAACACGGAGCAAGGCUUAAAGUUUAAGAACUGUAUCAGCUGCCUCCAAGACAGCAAGGAAUCGUCCGGUUCCUACGCCGACGUCUACGCCUAUCUGUACAACCUACGAUACGCCUUCGAUGUCUGCCUGUACUCCUACCCAGCCAUUUCACCGGGGGGCUUCCUCAACACGCCGUGCAACAUUGACAGCACGUGCGGCGACCUGGAGAAGGGUCUCAGGACGUCCCUGGACCCACAGACCGAGAAUCAAUACGACUACUGUGAGGAAGACGGCGGCCUGGCAAACAAUGGCUCAUAUACCAACUGCCUGCAGUGCCUCAGAGCCACACCCAACCAGCAGUACUUUUCAAACUUCCUCGUCGCCCUCAAGGCGGGAUGCGAGCAGAAGCCCAUAGCCGGAAAUCUAACCAGCACAAGUGGCGACCUCUUCUCGACGGAGUGGAAUACAAUCCUUGACCCAGCAGAUGACGUGCGCAACAAGCCCAAGGGCGCCGGCUCGAGCACCCUGACCACCGGCGCUAUAGUCGGCAUCGUUGCCGGCAUCGUGCUUGCCAUCAUCGGCGUGGGUACCGUCGUUUUCAUGCGGUGUCGUCGCCGCCGCAACGCCAACCGUGAGAAGAUUGAGACGCCGUCGCCCCUGACCCCGGGCGGUCCGGGCUAUAUCACCAACUCUCGUAAUGCUGGCGCUGGUGCUGGUGCUGGCGGCGGCCGCAACAGCAGUGUCAAAAUGUCCGAGUCAAUGUCCUCCUACCGGACUCGUCAGCAGAUGGGACACAAGAGAGCCCACACGACAGACAGCCCAUUCUACCGGCGCGACGAUGACGGCGGCCUCGGCCUGGGCUACCAGCAGGAUUCCAGGAAACCCAGAGGCCUGCAACGGCAUCAAGCCCUCCUGGCCUACGCACCUCGCGCCAGGGAUCAGCAACAGCAGCAGCCCCCGAUGCCGUCUGGAAGCAUAUCCUACCCUCUCCGCGCAUAUGAUCCUUCCUCCUCCUCCAAUAAUUCCCUGGACUCGUCGCAUAGACUAGCCUUGUCCGACGACACGAGGCCGCUGGUGACUCAUCAUGCCCGCUCCUUCAGCCAGCCCGCUCCGCCCGCCAUCGUAAUCACAGCUGCUACCCUCCCGAUACCGCCGCCUCCACCGCCGCCAAAAUCCAAGUCCAGGAUACCCGCUCUCAUCAUGCCCUCACUUUCUAGGGCAAAGGGCCCUAAAACGUACACGCCACCUACUAGAGGCACGGCGACCAUGCCAAAUAUGCCGCGCGAGCCAGAUGCUGAUAUCUCGGUGCCGCACAUGGACCUGCGGGGCUCGCGGUCAUAG